AUGCAUAAGUCUACAAGCCACAUAAUAACAAUGAUGCCGUUCGCCAAAAGGUGAGUUCUUCUGGAAUCUCUGUUAUUUUUUCGUUUUUUUUGCAGGUUGGCCAAGGAUGGGCAUCAAGUUCAUUUUUUGGAGACUCACAGUAACCCUAAACCAUUCAAGUAUCCUCCCGAUAUCAAUUACACUUAUAUUCGUUUGAAAGGUUCAUUCCAUGCGGGUGGGCGAAUUAAAAAGACAUUGCAGAAGAACCAAACUCGGCUCAUUCUUACUUGGCCCUGACUUGGGAGAAUGCACCGAAGUCCCUGGAUGUCGGCUAUGCUUGGAUGGCUGGAGACUCGGCUUUGGUGGAAAUUCUGAAGAAUCAUCCUAAUCAGGUGACGAUUCGAAAUUCAGAAUAUUGAAUCGACUGAAACUUCUAGGGUAUUCCUUUCAAACAUCAAAGAUUUGUUUAGACAAUUGAUAAGAAAUGCCCGAGCAAAGUUUCAUGGGACGCUUUUUAGACUAGAAAGGUUCUGGACGAGGAUUGGGACAUGGUGGUAUUCGAUGAGAUUUUUUCGGUCACCUCCCACGCCCUGGCUUAUAAAGCGACCAAAAACGGUCGGCCUACAGUUUACUUCAGUACAAGUGCUCCGGUUUACAUCACCGAUUACUAUUUCUCGACCGGUACCAGUUAGUUUUUAUCACCUCUUUUUAUAACUUCAGGCACGAGUUUGGCCAUUCGUCCUGCCAUUCAGCACAAGAUCUCAACAACUUUUGACGUCGAAAGUUUUAUGAGCCGUUUGCAAGCUUUCGCAAACGGAGUGGAGCUGAGUUUAGUUGUCAACUUGUUCUCCAACUAUUUUGCCCAGGAGGUCUUCAAUAUAGCGAUUUUUUUUCCAUUUUUUUUAAUUUUCAGGGAAUCAAACGUCUUGGGAUCGAGGAUUUUUCUUAUUUCGGUUUGGCAAGAGACAGCUCUCUUCAUUAUAUCGAUAGCCUCAAUCAGCUUCUUUCUCCUGCACCUAGUAAUAAAUUUUCGGAUGCUGGGACAAAUAAGAGACUUCAGCAACAACUGACCGACUUGAUAUUGCUUACUUUUGCGAUAAGGACGAGAAAUUGCCAGAAGACUAUAGGAAGUUUGUCGAAGACCCAGCAAGCAAAGGGACCAUUCUUAUCGCUUUCGGGUCAAACGCGCAAUGGAAAUUCGCGCCAAAAAGACUGUUGGAUGUUUUUUUGGAAGCUCUCAACAAUUUGACUGAGUACAGGUAAAUUUCAAUUGAAGAUUGACCGAAUUCACUUAUUUUAAAUCUUCUGUUCUCUGAGUAUUCAUUUAUUUUUUUAUUUUUUUAUUCGUCAAGAUGACUGAUUCAAGGAUCGUAUUUUUCUUUCAACGGAGUUCCUGAGCAACUUCCUAACUUGGGAAACCACGUUCUCUUGACGGAAUGGGCGCCUCAAAAAGCCCUCCUCUUACACAAUAAGACGGUGGCUUACGUUUCUCAUGGUGGAAUAAAAAGGCGAGAUUCUCCCCAAAAAGUUCAAUCAGAUUGAGCCUGAGUUUUAGUCUAAAAGAUGCCGUUUGUGGAGGAGUUCCUGUCGUGUUCAUGCCCAUAUUUGCCGAACAAUCCUAUAAUGCGGAAAUGAGUCGCGCCGCGGGAUUCGCCCACGUUUUGGAUAAAACUUCCGCUACGGCGGCACAGCUGCAAACUUCUUUGAGAGAUAUUAUUGGUGAGCUUGUUAUAAACUGCUUUUUUCAUGUUUGAAAUCGACAAUAUAUUGGCGAAAGGGAUUUAGAGAACUAUAGACUUUUGCUUACAACUUACUGAAAUUAGCUCUAAAUUGGCCUUUGAAUGAGAAGAAUCUAACCGAAUUUAAUUUUUUUACACUGAACCCAAAAUUAGAAAAAAAAAAUUACCGAUAAGUUUUGAGUAAAAAAUUGAAGCAGCUCAACCUCAGUUUUUUUUUCAAAUCGAAAAUUUUUUUGGAUGGUAAUUAGAGUUGAUCUUGAGUAUUCCGUGAAAACAGGAAGUCUGUCGAAGUAUUUUUCAUUUCAAGAAAUAAUUACUUGAAGAUGCUCAAAAUUUUGAGAAAUUUAGGCAAAUGAUUCCUUACUGAUGGUUCUAAUUGAAACCACCGUAGAAACUGAAUUUCGUGGUCUCAGUUCUAUCGAAAACUUUAACUGGGAACUGUGAUAAAUAUCCAGUUGAUUCUUUGCUGAUUCUUUGCAUGUUAACUGUUUUGGUUCUCAAAUUUCCACGUUUUUCUAAUCUUCAAAAAAAAACUGUCAGAAACAGGAAACUACAAAUGAAAUAUUUUUUUUCAAUUCUUUCAUAUUACAGGAAAUAAAAAAUAUCGCCGAGCUGUAAUGCGCCUCAAAUCUUUCUUCCUUGACCGUCCUGCCGAUUGUUCCGAUUUAGCUGCAUUUCAUGUUCGCCGGGCUUUGA